GGCUGCAGGGAUGUUGGGUGUGUGUGUGUGUGUGUGUGUGUGCGCGGAAACUGACAGGUAGAGAGCUGCCGUCUCCCGGUGAGUUGCAGGCAAUGCAGCGAAGAUAUUUAGUAAAUAUUCCGUUAUGAGGUUCAUACAAACAGCCGGAUUAACCAUGUUCGCAUAGCACUGGCUCCAGGCUUGACUUCGGCAGUGGACGUGGGCGAAGAGACCGCAGGAUCAAACGGGAAAUCCAACUGUCAGCUGGCCCCGGGAAAACCGAUCACACCACCCGGCUUCCGGGGAUUCAAGGGCCGCAUCGGGAGACAGCAGACGUCGGUCGGUAGCUCCGGGGGAGUAAGGGCGAACCACCACAUCAUCACGGCCAUCCACCGACUUUCGAGAUGUCAAGAAAGCUACAAAGGACAGAGGUCUGCGCCGACUGCAGUGCGCCAGACCCGGGCUGGACCAGCAUCAACCGCGGGGUCCUGAUCUGUGAUGAAUGCUGUUCAGUCCACCGCAGCUUGGGCCGCCAUAUCUCCAUAGUCAAGCACCUGAGGCACAGCGGAUGGCCUCCCGCACUGCUGCAGAUGGUCCAGACCUUGGCCAGUAACGGGGCCAACUCCAUAUGGGAACACAGUCUCCUGGACCCUGCUCAGGUACAGAGCGGUCGUAGGAAACCCAACCCCCAGGACAAAGUCCAUCCCACUAAGUCCGAGUUCAUCAGAGCCAAAUACCAGAUGCUGGCCUUUGUGCACAAGCUGCCCUGCCGUGAUGAUGACGGCGUCACUACCAAGGACCUCAGUAAGCAACUACACUCGAGUGUACGGACAGGGAGUUUGGAGACGUGUCUUCGGCUGCUGUCCCUCGGCGCUCAGGCCAACUUCUUCCACCCGGAGAAAGGCACUACCCCGCUCCAUGUGGCGGCCAAGGCAGGGCAGAUCCUGCAGGCCGAGCUGCUCGUGGUGUACGGUGCUGACCCCGGAGCACCGGACAUCAACGGACGCACGCCUAUGGACUACGCGAGGCAGGCGGGCCAUAUAGAGCUAGCAGAUCGGCUGGUAGAGUGUCAGUACGAACUGACGGACAGACUAGCUUUCUACCUUUGUGGACGGCGUCCAGAUCACAAGAAUGGCCAUUAUAUCAUUCCUCAAAUGGCAGACAGAGCUCGUCCUAAGUGCCCGACACAGAGUCUGGACCUCUCAGAAUUGGCCAAGGCUGCCAAGAAGAAGCUCCAAGCGCUCAACAACCGGCUGUUUGAGGAGCUGGCGAUGGACGUCUAUGACGAGGUCGAUCGCAGAGAAAACGAUGCGGUGUGGCUUACGACCCAGAACCACAGCACUCUGGUAACAGAGCGCAGCGCGGUGCCCUUCCUUCCAGUCAAUCCUGAAUACUCUGCCACACGCAACCAGGGCCGUCAGAAGCUGGCUCGUUUCAACGCGCGGGAGUUUGCCACGCUCAUCAUCGACAUCCUGAGUGACGCCAAAAGGAGACAGCAGGGGAAAGGACUCAGCAGCCCUACUGACCCAUUAGAUCUGGGCAUUGACGAUGACCAGCAUGACUACGACAGCGUAGCGUCGGAUGAAGACACAGACAGCGAGCUGACCACCCAGAACAACAACAACACGCAACGCAGCAACCGUGCAAAGAGUAUGGACUCAUCAGACCUGUCAGACGGCCCCAUCACCCUGCAGGAGUACCUGGAGGUGAAGAAGGCUCUGGCCUCCUCAGAAGCCAAGGUGCAGCAGCUGAUGAAGGUCAACAACAACCUGAGCGAGGAGCUCCGGCGGCUCCAGAAGGAGAUCACGCGGAUGCAGACAGAGAACAGUGCGCUGCGGGGGGGCCAGCAGGCUGGGGGGCCAGCUGGCCAUGGGGUAGGGGGACCUGGCGGAGGAGGAGGGGGGGGCGGAGGAGGCCACUGGCAUGGGGGCGGGAUGAGAGGAGGAAUAGGCGGAGGGGGCCUGAGUGGGUUCGGGACAGGAGUGGACCCCCCGGGGCUGUCGGCUCCCUCCUCGGUCGCCCCCAACUCCCAUCCCCACCGAAGGGACCGCCAGGCCUUCUCAAUGUACGAGCCGGGGGCGGCCCCCGGCCCCACGGCCCAUGGUCCUCCAGUCCUGGACUCCCUGGCAGCCCGCCUGCAGCCCCUCAACACAGCCAACGCACGGAAGGGUGGUACAGCGCCGUAUGGAGGCCAUCAUCUGUCUGGAUCUACAGAGAUGGGCCGAUACAUGGUGACGAAAUCAGAGAAGCACGGCAGUGGCACUGACAGCGACUACGACAACACACAGACAUACGACCUCUCGCUAAGUAUGGGCCGCAGCAGUGAGGAGGAAGGUCGUGGGGACACUGAGGAGGGAGGAGGGGACGCCUGGGAGCCGGACCCCACCUUGCCCUGCACAGAGGACGUCAUACUGAAGACUGAGCAGGUGACCAAGAACAUCCAGGAGCUGCUCAGGGCUGCUCAGGAGUUCAAACACGACAGCUUUGUUCCGUGCUCUGAGAAGAUCCACUCAGCUGUCACUGAGAUGGCCUCACUCUUCCCCAAACGCCCGGCGUUGGAUGCAGUGCACUGCUCCCUCCGCUUGUUGGCGUCCAGUGCCUCGCGGUUGCAGGUGGAGUGCCGCAAGGCGGCGCCCUCGGAGCCCGGGGGCCCCGCGGUGGACUACCAACUCCUCACUCAGCAGGUCAUCCAGUGCGCCUAUGACAUCGCCAAGGCUGCCAAGCAACUGGUCACCAUCACCACUCGAGAGAAGAAACAGUGACCCAACAAAUGCAUGGAUGGAGAGGGGAGAGGGAACUGAUUAAUGCAUGGGUGGGCCAAGAGGGAUGGGAGGGGCUUCUACAGCAGGAAGCGGGGAGACGGAGGGAAAACCUGAUCACACUGUAGAUGUUAGAAAGAGGGAGGGGGAGUAACCGGGAGAACGAUGGGCGCAAUGAAGAAAGAAGAAGUUUGUAAUAUGCAUGGGAAAGGAAUCGGAUGAAAGCAAAGAGAAUUGAUGUUUAGUAGAAACACUACAGAGGACCGGAGGAGAAAAUCCACAAGUGUGGAAGAGAAAGUAGGGAAGGACAAGUAGAAGGGUCCCACAGCCUGCUGCAAGCUAAAGAAACUGUUGGAAUCAGAUGUGUAUAAUUAACCGCUAAAAACUGUGACAAGCAUACGUGAAAAACACAACGACGGCGAUGUGCAGUGAACUGGAUCCGGAGAUGUUACCGCUUUAUUUAUUCUUACACCCCCCCCCCCCCCGUUUACCUGAGCUAGAGAGUGAGGGAGUGUAUGCUGCGAGAGAGGGAAGUAGGUAUCGACCUACCGCAAGCUACGCCACAUCAUCUCCAUCCCUCCAUCAGGUGGAGUUGGGACAUUCUCUCCUUCCUCCCCCCCCCCCCCUCUCUCUCGCUCUCACUCCAACCCGACACGAGGCUCCUCCGUCUCCUACCCCGUCCCAGACAGGAUGCGCUUGCGGUGCAGAGAAAAGACCCCCUGGGACCCAUCCGGCUCCACCCUACUCAUCACCCCACUCAGGCUCUCAAGAUGCUUCCUCCUGGGUUAGCUUUUUGCUGGAGGGGGGGGGGGGGCUCCAGCAUUUCUCCGACCCAGUGCCCCCUACUGUCGGUGGUACACAGCAUGAUCUGGCAUGUUUUAAUUCCUUUCCUCUCUUCUUUUUUCUUUGAUGUUUUUUAAUACGCAGAUUGGUUUGGUCUGCACCUCUGAGGACGAUGAUUACUGACACAAACAAAACACUUACACUGGAAUAAUUUUGAAUUAUUGUUGUCGUUUAUCAUGCCUAUUGUUUUUAUUUUUUUUUGUAUUGAUAUUUUUACUGUCAUCUUGAUUUAACUGUGUAUGUAUGUUUAUUUUAUUGUUUCAAAUAUGAUUCUCAUUUAGUGGUGGGAGUAUGUGCUCGACUGGGAUUCAAGAAAACACACACACACACACACACAGUUGAGGGUGUUUCUUCAUGACGCGAGGUGUCCUGUGGCCAAGGGGUUGAACGGUUGCCAAAAGGGGAGAGGGUGUUGGAGGGAGAUUUGUUUUUGUUUUUGAUUUUCUGUCAGACCGAAAGCCCCUUGGUGCGUUAUGACAGGCCCCCGGAUCAAAAUGCUCUCCUCAUGUGUCCUCAACUGUCGUUAGGUCCUGACGUAUCGUAUCAAUUGCCUCAUUUAACAGAGCCAGUGGAAUCAUCUCAGAAUCAAUCCCAUAUUCAUUUUUGCUGUGCCAAGCAGGAUGAUAUUUGGUCCCCCCCCCACCCCCCCACCCCCAAACGUCACAUUGAAGCACAUCCUGGUAUGUUUGCAGUUUAAGUAGUCCUGUGGAAAGCACCAGAUCCAGCACCCUGAAAAGUGAUGAUAGAUACUCAUUACAUCGUUUCAUCUGAGAAAAAAAAACUCAUUUGAAAUGGUUUUAACCAGCUCAUGAGUGCUUGAUGUAGUUUGGCGUGUAUUAUGUUCAGUUCUCAGACUGUCUGGCAAGCAGAAUCACACCGCUCUGUUCUCCGUCACGGCCUGCUGAUCUGGGCCACAGAAGUUGUCCCUUCUAGCUCACCAUCUCUGAACUCUGCCAAUGGGAGACGGCAUUGGGAACAAAGAUGUUUUUAAAGUUCUUUUUUUUUUUUUGUUGUGUGUUUUCAAAAAGAGAGCGCUCUUCCCCUUCGCUUGUUGUACUGUGUCCUGAACAAAUAAGGUCACAUCUGUAACAAAAUACGCAGACGGGAUCUAAAGAUUCUCUCCUUGCUGGCAGGAGGACCGUCCUCUUCUAGUUUACCGUCACCACUGACUGUUUGUCAAAGUCUUUGUGGCUUUAAUAGUUGGUUGUUCUCGCGUUGGUGUAUUCUAUAAUCCGGCUUGGUGCUCAGAAGGCCUCUGCACAUAACAUUGACCUCAUCCUCCAAACAGCUGUUACAUCUCAGUCUUUUCCUCUCGUACUGCUGCCUUUCAGCAAGAAGCAAUUAGACCUUAAUUAGCCCCGAACACUUUGAGAGACGGACGCUAGACCACCGGCAGCACCUCCCUGUUCGCUCUAUUCGUGUCUAGUUUAUCCACUCCGCCCUCUUAUCAUCACUCGGGGUCUGUGAGUGUCCGUGUUCGUCAGCCUCUCACACAGUCGCACGCGUCUCUGUAGGGAAGGAUGGAUUGUUUUUCUUCUGUACCCUGUCGAAACAAAUCGUGUCCAGAAGACUCGUGACAUGUAUCAUCGUUUGAUAUCGGUUGCCUUUUGGACAUCAUCAUCAGCUCCUGGCUGAGUUAGAGUGAUGUUGUACUGACUGCUGAAACAACAGAGAUACUUACACACACACACACACAAGGGGGGCCAGCAGCAGUGCUCGCCCCUUCAAUCAUGAUUGCCCAAGUUUUAGACUAGAGCCAUAUAUAUGAACAUAUAUUUUCAUGCUAUAUUUUAUAUUAAGCUAUAUGUUAGGUAUGUCUGCGAGAUAUUUAUGUCUUAUUUGUUGGCCCAAGUGGGCUUCAGGCUACGGGAGCUGUCCAAAUUCUUCCUUCAGCGCUUCAGUCUUGACACCAAUGUACUCGUAGGUAUUUUGAGUCUCGUGAAUACGGUCAUGCUGUGGUAUUAGCCCCUUAUGUAGUUAUAGUGUACAUAGUAGCGAUCCUACCGAAGAGCGGGAACAACAGUUCUAUUGUCAAACACCAGCGGGGUGAAGUAGGAUCUACAUUAUGUACCGCACUUCCCCCCCCCCCCCAAGGUCUUUGUUCAAGUACAUUGGGUGCAGGACGCAGGGUUUGAUUCGGGAUGGGGCAAUAGGAAAGGUCUGAAGCGCACUUCGGCUUAGCACUAUACGGUCAUCUCAAAAAUGUCGGGAGGAGGGUCAACAAUGCACAUGGCCCAGUCCUUUCCCCGAGUUAGUUGACACUACAUAGGGUGCCUCUAGUAUGAAUGUCUAAGGCCUCCGCCAGUUCAUGUCCAACACACGUUCUACACCGUCAUCAUGUCCAGGACUCAGCGCAUACUCUACAACGUCACAAACACACACUCUCAACUUCUCAGUUGGACCAAGCCUUCUACAAAGUACAAACAUUAAGUCUGCAGCCAGUGAAUCACACACACACACACACACACACACACACACACACUUGUGACACGCAGCCAUUGGCAGUGCACUGUGGCCUGUACUGUUGCUGUCCCUGUGUUUCUUCACAGCUCUACACUUUGGGAGAUGGGCGACGGAAGAGUUAUCUUUUAACAGAAGACGUUAAAAACUGUAUAAAGUAGAUGAAACAAUGACUUAAAGAGGUCAAACGUAAUGGAAACUCAUAAGCUGUACAUUUGUAAUAAAAUAGUAAAACAA